AUGUUGAAAAUUCCCUCGCGCAAUAAGGCCGUCGGUGCAAAUGCAAUCACCAAGGCGGUCAUCUUGGUCGGAGGUCCUUCUCGAGGAACCCGAUUCAGACCAUUGAGUCUUGAUGUGCCCAAGCCUCUGUUUGAUGUUGCCGGCCACCCCAUCAUCUGGCACUGUCUCAAAGCCGUCUCCAAAGUGCCCGACAUCAAAGAAGUCAUCCUCAUUGGCUAUUACGACGAGAGUGUCUUCCGCGAUUUCAUCAAGGAUUCCUCGAGAGAGUUCCCUAACAUCAAGAUCCAGUAUUUACGAGAGUACCAAGCCCUUGGCACUGCUGGUGGCCUCUAUCACUUCCGGGAUGCCAUUCUCAAGGGCAAACCGGAUAGAUUCUUCGUGUUCAACUCGGACGUCUGCAGUUCUUUCCCACUCGAUGCCAUGCUUAAGCUCUUCGAAGAGAAAGAUGCCGAAGCCGUCAUUCUGGGCACCCGAGUCAGCAAUGAUGCCGCCACCAACUUCGGAUGCAUUGUGUCCGACUCUCACUCCAAGCGCGUUCUACAUUACGUGGAGAAGCCUGAAAGCCACAUCUCGAACCUGAUCAAUUGUGGCGUGUACCUGUUUGCCACCGAAUGCAUCUUCCCUUCAAUCAAAAGCGCCAUCAAACGCAAGACUGAGCGACCACGAAUGAUUUCCUACCCAUCCUCGGAGAAUCUGGAGUCGUCCUUCGUGGCUGACCCCGAGGAAGACGGCGAAAAGAACGAGGUUCUACGUCUAGAGCAGGACAUUUUGUCCGACCUGGCCGAUAGCAACCGCUUCUUUGUCCACGAGACCAAGGACUUCUGGCGUCAGAUCAAGACCGCCGGUUCGGCCGUUCCAGCUAACGCCUUGUAUCUGCAAAAGGCUUUUCAAUCUCAAUCGGAGGAAAUUGCACGACCCUCCGCUACCAUCGUUCCUCCAGUGUUCAUCCACCCCACUGCCGAAGUCGAUCCUACGGCCAAGCUGGGUCCUAAUGUUUCCGUUGGACCAAAAGCAGUGAUUGGCGCAGGCGCACGUGUCAAAGAAGCGAUUGUGCUCGAGGAAGCAGAAAUCAAACACGAUGCUUGUGUUCUCUACGCCAUUAUCGGCUGGAACAGUCGUGUUGGAGCAUGGGCUAGGGUCGAGGGCACCCCUACCCCCGUCAGCAGCCAUACCACGAGCAUCAUCAAGAACGGGGUCAAGGUGCAAAGUAUCACGAUCCUCGGCAAGGAGUGUGCAGUGGGUGACGAAGUUCGAGUUCAAAACUGCAUUUGCCUGCCCUAUAAGGAGUUGAAGCGUGAUGUUGCGAACGAAGUCAUUAUGUGA